GGUCUCACCGGUUCAGUUACCAGUGUGCUCGGAGGACGUAAGAUAAGCUUAAGUUUACUUUGAGCUGAUCUAACCACUUUGUUGUAGACUGAAUAGAAUCAAUUAUUAUUAAAAACGGCAUCAAUUUCUUGUGGCAAUAUUUAAAUGUUUUACACUUACUCGUAUGGAACUUAACCACAUGCUGUGCUACUUUUCUCCUGGUAUGAUAUGCGAUAUAUUUAGCUAACUUGUCAGAAGUAUUUUUACGUCGUGUGGCACAAGAGCCUAUCCAAUUCCUUCACAAUCAUGCCUAUUCAGCUGACAAGUCAGGCAUACUGUAAAAUGCUCUUGCAUACCGCCAAGUAUCCGCACAGCGCCGUCAACGGGUUACUGGUUGCAGAAAAAGCCAAGGCGAGAAAGAAAGACAGUCUCCACGAUCCUGUCUUGUGUGUGGACUGUGUGCCGCUCUUCCACGGUACUUUGGCUCUUGCACCCAUGCUCGAAGUUGCUUUAACACUGAUUGACACUUGGUGUAAAGAAAACAAUUAUGUUAUCGCUGGAUACUAUCAAGCCAAUGAACGCACAAAGGAUUCAAGACCCAACCAGGUUGCAGAAAAAGUUGCAGCAAGGAUUUCUGAAUGCUUCAGUGAAGCCGCAAUUGUUAUGGUGGACAGCAGCAGAUUAAAAAUGAGUUGCCGCGAACCCAUUGUGCUCAUUUAUGACCUUCACGAAAAUAAAUGGAAAAGCAGGGAUGUCAAUCUCGACUCUUUCGAAGACUGGAGCGAAGCGCAGAAGAUCACGUCAGCUCUUCUGGAGGGAAGGUCCUACGAGAACUUGAUCGACUUUGACAAUCACCUGGACGACCUCAGGAAUGAUUGGACCAACCCAGUGAUUAACAAAUCUGUCCUGGACCUGUGUUAAAACCGUCGGUUGUGUAGGCUUAACAAGCGCAUGGUGACAGCUGCUUCUGCUACCUGUGGCACGGGAGCACAUGAUACUCAACCGGACAGUUCCAGUUUAACUUCUGGUACUGCCCAGAAUAUGUGGAACCGACCUUUGAUUAGGCCAACUGAUCUCAAGGGCAAGCACCUGAUGUGCACUUUGGGCAGGCAUUGCAGACAUAAUGUGUCUCGAUGCAUUU